ACACGGUUACAAUAUCUGUUGCAGACUAGCCAACUCGCUCUCGGAUACACACUUACUUUCCGACCGUUACUGAGUUACCGUCAGAAAUGUACGUCUUUACCCUUACCUUAUUUGUGACUUUAGUUAUCCAACAAACCAGCGGAUUUAAGGAGCCAGAGUGCUCUCGCUAUCAUUAUGAAGAACAGAUUCUUGAAAGAGUUGUCCGUAUGGGAAUGGAGUUUAAAUACCAAAAGAAAGAUGUAACAAAUAUCUUAGAAACAGUGGCUGCAAAGCUGGACGCUUUCUCAAAAGAACUUCAGGUGCUGAAAAGAGAGAAUGAAGAACUCAAAAGCAGUCUCAGAGACGAAGUUCAAAUAUCGAUUUCGGACUUAGAGAAAGUUAAAGAGAAAUCGUUUCUUCCCAUUGUUUUCUUCAAUUCUAAGAAUGUCGCUGACACCACAGUUAAGGCAGGACACACGAUCGUUUUUACUGAGACCCUGGUAAACGAUGGAAACGCGUACGAUAAUACAACGGGUAUCUUCACAGCUCCAGAAGACGGAAUAUACCUUGUAUCAUUGCAUAUGUGCGUCAAAAAUAAGCAAAAUCUUUACUAUGGACUCGUAAUCGAUGGCAAGGAAAGUCUCCGUGGAGAAAUGUAUGAAUAUCGUGCGGUCACUUGCAAUUCCGUGCAACAACUGCUGACCAUCAAGGCCGGGAAUAGAGUUUGGAUUCAGGUUUAUGUCAAAGAUGCAGUAUUGCUUCAGAGUGCCAUUCACUGGAAUAUGUUUUCUGCCUUCCUCCUGAAUAAGGGAUAGUGAAUGGUAUUGUGUAGACAAGUACUGAUACAUAUGUUUAUAUAAUCAAGUGUUGAUAACCAAUCACUUCUUUCUAUUGAUUUUGAUUACAUAGCCUUGCUUCUUACCACUCGUCGAAAUGCGAUUGGACAUCGAGGAAUUAGACGCAAUUCCAUAAGCGAAGGGCUGUCGGAUAAAAGAAGUUUGUCUUAUUUAAAAAAAAAAAUCACUGUUAACAUUAUGACAAAAGUUUUACUAUGUUCAGUUUAAACCCUGGAGUGCCUUAAAAGCUUCAUCAACAUAUAUCAAGUUAGUGUGUAUCGACAUUGUCCAUCAACAUUACCGUGUGAAAUAAUCGUCAUGUGAUGAAUGUAGUGAACAAGAACCAUAAAUAUAUCAAUAUAAUUAUAAAAGAAUAGAAUUCUUACAAAUCAUAACCAUUGUAAGAGAUAUUUAAUAUAUUUGUAUGUAUAUAUAUAUAAUUAUAUAUACACUAUUUUUGCUUUUUGUACGUUGGAAAAGGUGUUUGUAAAAUAUAGAGAACUGCUUAUCA